CUCUCAAGAACCCCCAAAACCCCAAAAGCCAAGAACUUUGAGAAUCUGUAGUGAGAAGCAGAGAAGAAGGCGCUCAAGAUGAACAAAAAGGAAGUGUUUAAGCUAGCUAAAGGGUUUCGAGGAAGAGCUAAAAACUGCAUAAGAAUAGCUAGAGAAAGAGUGGAGAAGGCGCUUCAGUACUCAUAUAGAGACCGCCGCAACAAGAAGAGGGAUAUGCGUUCUCUCUGGAUUCAACGCAUCAAUGCCGGAACUCGCCAACAUGGGGUGAAUUAUGGCAAUUUCAUGCACGGGCUGAUGAAGGAGAACGUACAGCUGAACAGGAAAGUCUUGUCAGAACUGUCGAUGCACGAGCCAUACAGCUUCAAGGCCCUUGUGGACGUCUCUCGCAGCGCUUUCCCUGGGAAUAAGAAGUCCAUAGUACCUCCAAAGAAGGAAGGGCUUGCUAUUGUUCUUUGAAUUAAUUUCCUAUGUUGUGCUUUGUGUACUCUUUUUCUUCUAUGUUGGGCAUAAUUUUGUGCUAGCAUUUCUGUUAGCAAAUUUCUACCAAUGGUAUUGAAGUCUUCUUCUGUUUACUACAAGUGCUUCAAUGGAAAUUUAAUAUGCUUUAAUUUUAUGUUACUA